UGUGCUGCUGGUCCCAGUUCAGCUGAGCCCUGCGCGUCCCCGCGGCGGCGCGCACCCGAGAUCACCGGAGAGUCCCGCAGUCGGAGACAGAGACAGUCACGGUACCGGAACCGCAGCCCGGAGCAGAGCAGAGCAGAGCGGGUUUAUCAGGUUCUCCAGGUUCUCCAGGUUCUCCUGAUCCGGACACUGAAGCAGAUCUUCUCUGUGUUGUGUGUGUCUGUGAACUGCUGCUGUCCUGAUCGCACUUGAGGGCGGAGCUAAACUCACUCCAGACGAGGUUCAUUGGUCACGAGGCCAUGAUGGACAGGCCGAAGGACGGCCCACUGGCCCUUCUGCUGCUCCUCCUGGGUCACAUGAUCAGCGCGCUAGAAGUUCCCCUGGACCCUAAACUUCUGGAAGAGCUGCCUCAGCCUCCCACAAUCACCCAUCAGUCACCGAAGGACUACAUCGUAGAUCCGCGCGAGAACAUCGUCAUCCACUGCGAGGCCAAAGGGAAACCGCACCCCAGCUUCUCGUGGACCAGGAACGGGAUGCAUUUUGACAUCGAUAAGGAUCCUAAGGUCCUGAUGAGGCCUGGCUCCGGGACGCUGGUGAUGGACAUCAGUGGAGGAGAGCGGUCCGAGGCGUACGAGGGCAUCUAUCAGUGCUCCGCUCACAACGAGCUCGGCACGGCUGUGUCCAACAGCAUCGUCAUCCGCCAGUCCAGGUCUCCUCUGUGGUCUAAAGAGAGAAUCAGUCCAAUCAUCGCACAGAAGGGACAGUCUUUAAUUCUGCACUGCCGCCCCCCCGCCGGACUCCCGCCGCCCAUCAUAUUCUGGAUGGACAACAAUUUCCAGCGUCUGCCACAGAGCCGGCGUGUGUCUCAGGCUCUGAACGGAGAUCUCUACUUCUCCAACAUCCAGCCGGAGGACUCCAGGAGCGACUACAUCUGCUACGCCCGCUUCCCGCACACCCAGACCAUCCAGCAGAAGCAGCCCAUCAGCGUCCGUGUGCUCGACAUGGAUUCACUCAAUGACACACUGGCAGAUUAUUUGAAUGACACUGAUUUGUUUAGUGAUAAACCCGCAGAAGAGCGAGCGCCUGUCUUCAUGGUUCCCAGUGAGUCCGUCAGUUCUAAAAUGGUUCUGAGAGGAGAGGUUCUAGAGAUGGAGUGCGUCGCUGAUGGCCUUCCCACUCCUGCGGUCUCAUGGGUUAAACGUAACGGUGAGAUUCCCAGCGGACGAGCGUCCUUCCUGAACUUCAAUAAGACUCUCCGGAUCAUGGAUGUGUCUGAGGCGGACGCUGGAGAAUAUCGCUGCUUCGCCAAGAACCGGCACGGCUCGGUUCACCACAGCAUCAGAGUCACGGUCAACGCGGCUCCGUACUGGAUCAGCGCUCCCAGGAAUCUGGUUCUGGCUCCAAAGGAGAUGGGCAUCAUCACGUGCCGGGCCGCCGGACACCCCAAACCUAGCAUCCGCUGGCUGGUGAACGGGCUGCCCAUUGAGGAUGCUCCUAAAGACCCCAGCAGGAGAGUGGAAGAAGACACCCUCAUAUUCUCCGAGGUCCAGACGGGCUCCAGCGCUGUCUACCAGUGUAACGCCUCCAACCUGUACGGAUACUUACUGUCCAACGCAUUCGUCAACAUCCUGGCGGAGCCGCCCAGAGUCCUGACGCUGCCUAAUAUCAUCUAUCAGGUCAUUAGGAACAAACCGGCGCUGCUGGAGUGUGUGGUGUUCGGCUCGCCCGUCCCCACCAUCACAUGGUUUAAGGACAGUCGCUCCAGCAUGUUGGAGGGGAAUGCUUAUGUGUUCCAUGAGAACGGAGCGCUGGAGAUCCACAUGUCUCAACCCUCAAACAGCGGGAAAUACACCUGUGUGGCCAGGAACAACCUCGGCAUCUCCGAGAACCACGUCUACCUGGAGGUCAAAGAGCCCACGAGGAUCCUGAGGCCGCCGGAGUACCAGGUGGUCCAGAGGAACAGGGACGUGGUGUUCGAGUGUAAAGCCAAGCACGACCCGUCCCUCGUACCCACCAUGACCUGGCUGAAGGACGACCGAGAGCUGCCCGACGAUGAGAGGUUUAGAGUGGACUCGGACCGUCUCACCAUCACAGACGUCACAGAGAGCGAUGCAGGGACGUACACGUGUAUCAUGAACACCACGCUGGACCAGGACUCGGCCAGCGCUCAGCUCACAGUGGUCGAGGCCCCGCCCACUCCCACAGUGAUCUACGAGCAGCCAGGAGUGCCGACCGAUCUGGAGCUGACGGAUCCAGGAGCAAGAAGCGUUCAGCUGACCUGGACACCUGGAGAUGAACACAACAGCCCUAUCAAGAAGUUCCUGAUCCAAUAUGAGGAUGCUCUUCACCAGAGCGGCGUGUGGCACAAUAUGACGGAGGUUCCUGGAACCAAGACCACGGCUCACCUGAAGCUCUCUCCAUAUGUCCACUACAGCUUCAGAGUGCUGGCGCUCAAUGAUGUGGGCUUCAGCCAUCCCAGCAUGCCCUCACGCCAGUUCAGGACCAACCCUGCAGCUCCUGACGAGAACCCCACUGAGGUCAAAGGUCACGGCACCGAACACAAUAAUCUGGUCAUCACGUGGAAGCCGCUGACGCCUCUUCAGGCCAACGGUCCCGGCCUGCAGUAUAAGGUCAUGUGGCGUCAGCUGGACAUGGAGAAGGACUGGACGUCAGUCAGCGUGGCUAACGUCUCUAAGUUUGUUGUGUCGGGGACGCCCACGUUUGUGCCGUAUGAGGUGAUGGUUCAGGCACUGAACGAUUAUGGUCCUGGACCCAAACCCAGUGCUGUGAUUGGAUACUCCGGAGAGGACUUUCCAUCGGCAGCUCCGGGUAAUGUGCGGAUCCUGGUGCUGAACAGCACGCUAGCAGAGGUGCACUGGAGCCCUGUUUCACUCGAAUCUGUGCGUGGACGACUGCAGGGCUAUAAGGUGCAUUACAGUCGAGAGCGUAGUUUACACCGACACAACUCUCAUCAGGGCAAACAGAGGACUGAGAUCUUCAGCCCCAACAAAACCAGUGGGAUGCUGCCUGACCUGCUGCCCUACAGCGUCUACAGCCUGCGUGUGACGGCCUUCAACGGCCGAGGAGAAGGUCCCUCCAGCGUCCCGCAGCGCUUCGAGACGCCCGAGGGAGUUCCAGGCACGCCGUCCUUCUUCAAGGUUUCUGCUAUAGAUCUGGACUCUCUGACGCUGGAGUGGGGUCCACCUCACGAGAGGAACGGCCGUCUGUCCGGAUACACCUUCAAAUAUCAGACCGUCAACAGCAAAAAUGAUUUGGGUUUGCUGGAGGAGCUGGAUCUGCCGUCCAAUCAGAGCAGCUUCACGCUUCACAACCUCUCUCACAGCACACGCUACAAGUUUUAUAUCAGUGCCCGAACACAGCGAGGAUCCGGUCCCACGCUCACCGAGGAGGCCGUCACCAUCCUCGACAGAGCGCCGUCGGUCACUCCUGCGUUUGGGAACGUCAGCUCAUCCUUGAGCGAGGAUGGAGCGCUGAUCAGUUGGGAUUACUGGGGCCCAGAGAAACACCUUUAUGUUGAAUAUAUAAUAGACAACAGUGAAGAAGACUGGCACAGAGAGAAGGUCAACGGCUCUCAGGUCCACGUUCUUAAGGGUUUGAAGAGAGGGUUGGUCUACAAGGUGCGUGUGGUGGCCCGCGGUCAUCAGUCUGAGGAGCUGUUGGUUAAGGUCCCAGCGAUGGUGAGUCCUCAGGUGGACAUCGCCACUCAGGGCUGGUUCAUCGGUCUGAUGUCGGCCAUCGCUCUGCUCAUCCUCAUCCUGCUCAUCAUCUGCUUCAUCAAGAGGAACAAGGGCGGAAAAUAUCCAGUUAAAGAGAAGGAAGAUGCUCACGGAGACCCAGAGAUCCAGCCCAUGAAGGAGGAUGACCUCACGUUUGGAGAGUACAGUGACGAGGACCAUAAACCGCUCAAAGGGAGCCGAACUCCGUCCAGUGGCACGGUAAAGCGUGACGGCAGCGAUGACAGUUUAGUGGACUCUGGAGACACACAGUUCAACGAGGACGGCUCGUUUAUCGGACAGUAUAGCGGGAGGUCGGAUAGAGACGCCACACACGACAGCUCCGAGCCGCCGUCUCCGGUGAACGCCAUGAACUCAAUCGUGUGAGAUCCGCUGAUUCAUGAAGCACGCUUCGUUCACUGGAGACCGGCUGUGUUCACUAUAGCACACUAUCAUACUACUGCAGUGUGUAACCUUAUGCAAUCAUCUAGAUAUCAGGCACAAAUAUAAGCAUUUUCAUUCAUGAUUUGAUCACUCAGAUGGAAUUUAUUCCUUAAGGAAUAGUUCCUCCAAACUGUAAAUGUGUUCACCCUCAGUUUAUCCGAGAUCAGGAUGAGUGUGUGUCUUCAUCAGGUUUGUAGAAAUGUAGCACUGCAUCAGUGUCUCAUCAAUGGAUGCUCUGCAGUGAAUGGGUGCCGUCAGAAUGAGAGUCUGAUAAAAACAUCACAAUAAUCCACAGCACUCCAGUCCAUCAGUGAACAUCUGGAGAAGACAAAACCUGAAACACAUCCAGCAUUAAGAUGAUUUUAACUCAAACACAUAGAGUCUAUAAUCCAGAAUAACACUUCCUCCAGUGAAACAGUGUUCUGGUCUGAAUCAGGAGAGAAAUCUGCACAGAUCAAGCAGCGUUUAAACAGAUCUAAACUAAUCUGUGAGAGACAACAGCAGAUGCACUUUUCACUGGAGGAAGUGUUAUUAUAGAUUAUAGACUUAAUGGACUUAUUGUUAAAAAUGUCUCGAUGGAUUGUUUCUGACGGCACCCAUUCACUCCAGUGGAUCCAUUGUUGAUCAAGCAAUGCAAUGCUACAUUUCUCACACCUGAUGAAGAAAGAAACACAUUGAGUUUGGAGGACCUGUUCGUGAGGUGACUGCAGAAGCACAGCACAUUCAGUGUUCAGUGUUGAUCAUGUGAUGAUGCAGUAUGCUAGUAUUAUAUUACGAACGCAUGCAUGAUGACAAUAUUCUGCUCUUCCACUCCGAGGAUCUGAU